AUGGCAGAUCAUGAAUUGGCUUUAUUGAACAGAGUAGAGUUGAAGAUAGCAUUGGCAGAGGAAGAUGUUCAGUUGGAGAACACGUUGAAGCUAUAUUUGGCGCCUGUUUUAUUGAAACUAGCUAGUCCUAAUGCUGAGGUGCGGCUGUUGGUUUUGAAAAUCAUACAGCAUAUAAUACCAAGAAUAACCUCGGCACGAUAUCUUAAAUUACCAGUUGAAGCCCUAGUUAAACAAGUUUAUGAACCCGCGAUAGGUGAGAGUCAGUUUUCUUCUUACUCAACUUCAGUGAGAUUGUAUUCUGCCUUGUUUUUAGCUAGGGGCAUAGACAGGUUGGAGGAAAGGGAAAGAUGGUCGUUGGUUCCUUCAAUUGUGGGAAAGAUAUGGACACUUCCACUUCCUAUAGCAGCAAGGAUGUUUAACAUCCUAUGUAGGCUGAUCAGAUCUUGGAAAUCAUCAGCAGUUAAGGACUACUCAAACGAAUUUGAAGAAAAAGAUUUGCCCCCGGAAGCUAAGGUCUAUUUGGUUUUUAAGAUUAGUCAAUUUUUAAGAUUGACGCUUGAUGUAACCAUAAGUAUAGAGCAGGGUUUAACCAAUGAAGAUUUCUCUUUUUUUACGAGCGAAGCUGGCGUGACUUAUCAAAACAGUAUGGAACUUGCCAAGGUCAAGCUUGAUUUGCUUGAAUUUCUAAAGUCUGGCUUUUUUAAUGAUGAGCAACGUAUCUUGCCAUUUCUUAUGGCUUCUGCAGAUCCUUUUAUCAAUACUAAUGACGAGUAUACCAAAUAUUUAAAAGCAUCAACAGUUGAUUUUGAUGGUGGUAGUAGUGGUAGUGUUAUAAUACUAUGGAACCAAGAGAAAUUGGUUGAUUACAUUAUUGAGUUGUAUUCAAGUCUCAGAGGUGGAUCCCCGUUUGUUUUGAAUCUUAAGCUGAGUAUCAUGCUUCUUUUGGCAAAAAUCAAAUCUCUUUCAUUUCAUCCUUCAUUUAUUGGUACAGUCACUGAUGCACUUAAUUCGGAACUGAAGAAAUUGAGAGGCUUGGCAACAAAUUUAAUAUUUAAACUAGCAGAGUCACUGAAGAAGGGAGACGAAGGAUUUUUAGCUUUUUCAAAUGAAGUGGCAGGUGCCAUUAGAAAACAACUAUCAAGCACGAGUCGUCGCGACGACGACAACUCUACCUUGAAUGAUCAUAUAAAUCACCACGCUCCAAGGACACGUGAAAGAGAGUCCCAGUAUGAAAUAUUGGGAACCAUAUUACAAGCAUCACCCGAAAUCGUUAUAUCUGAUUGGUCUUAUAUUCCGUUCUUGUUGCAAGCAAUUGAAGACGAAGAUGUUGAAGUGAAGAUUAGUUUGCGAAAUAUUUUAUCCGGAUUGACUGUGCACCUUGAAAAACUCAGUGCAAACAACAAACUUGAGUUAAAGUCUUUGGCUUGGAGAUCCUUAGCUCGAAUUGAUCUGACUUCUACAAGCGCUUCGAGAUACAUAUUAGUGAAGUUUAUCAACUCUUCAUUCCCAUUUGAUGAUGCUGCAGCAAGAAUUCUUUGUAUAAUGAGUACCGCGCCUGAAUUUGGUUCAGAAACAAACGAGGAGUCUCGCAAAGGAUUACACCCGUAUUGGUUUGAGUUGAAUAAAUCGAACCAGCUUAUAAGGAAAAAGACAAGUUAUCGAUUUCCACUGUUUACCGACUUUGUAAAGCAACUUGAUGAAGAACUUAAUCGCGCAAAUGGUAUUCCAGAUGCGAGUAUACAUGUGACAUUGCCGCGAGCAAUUGAGUUUGGACAGCAACUAUUGGUAAUGGAAUCUGUUUCGAAUGACCAAACUGUGAUUGCUAUUGACCAGAACUGGUCGUUGAGAAUAGAAAAGGCUUUAGAAUCAAAUUUAAAAGUCAGGGAACUAUUACAGAAAAAGUUGGAAGAACAAAGUUUGCAAGAUAGUAUUGUUAGAUUUUUGAGGAUUGGCGUUGGAUUGCUAAAGGUGGGGAGUAGACAGCAUUCUACUGUUGCUGCUGCUGAUGCUGCUGUUGUUGUUGUCUCCAGGAUAUUAUCCUUUGCUUCGUCAAACACUAUAGCAGCGUUGCUGGGCGAAAUGGAGGAAAUCGUAAAAGAGCUAAUUGGGCAGCAAUUUGACGAUAAUACCAUUUUGCAUAUCUGCAAAAUCGUUGGAAUUAUUAGCAGUCAUUUUUCCAAUGAGGAUGGCAAAGUCCUCAGAUUGAUUGAUGUAUUUGAUUCGUUUAGUAACCGUGUGAUAUCGGUACUUUUCAAGUGCUUUUUAAUCUCGAGGUUAUCAGCAAGGGGUAGAUUGAGUUUGGUUUCAGAAACACUGUUACAUGCAUUGUUUUCUGAGCUUGAAACUAUGAUGGAUAGUCUGAGAGACUUUUACUCAGCAGUCAACGGGAUUUCGCAGCUAGCACUUUUUGGCGUUUUGAAUCCAAAUAGAGGCCAAGAUUUUGUUGAGAGAGUCAAAUCAAAGAUCAAGAGCAACCUCAAGAAUUUCGACGAGAAAUCGGUUUUGUUAUUGGGCCAAUUAACCUUGACAAAGAGACCUGAAGUCAACAAUAAUUUGACAGAUGAUGAAAAGACCAUUUUCAACUACCACAAUUCCAAAGACAUUGAAUCUAUUUUUGCGGCUGGAGAAGCAUUUUCUUUUGCAGCAGCUGGCUGGGAUUCCAAGCUGCUCAAGCUUGAGCAGGAUAUACCAACGAGCACUACCAUCAUUAAUAAUAAUGGUAAUGAUAAUGAUAAUGAUAAUGAUAAUGAUAAUGAUAAUGAUACGUCUAGGUUACCAGUUCUUUUGGAAUCUAUACUUGCAGCAUGUAAGAAUACAAAGCCGUCACUUCGUAAAGCUGGAUGUCUUUGGCUUCUUCUGAUUGUUCAAAAUUGUGGAAAUGACCCCCUUAUUAAAGAAAAGGCAUUAGAAAUUCAAACGUGCUUUAUGGUAUUUCUUGCCGAUAAAGAUGAACUAGUUCAGGACGCAGCUUCUAGCGGAUUAGGAAUAAUAUACGACUUGGGUGAUGCAUACUUGAAGGAUAAUCUUGUUAAGUCGUUGUUGAAAUCAUUUACUCAAUCAGAUACUUCCAACUACACUGCAGGUAGUAUUGAAGGAGGUACCCAACUUUUUGAACCAAAUGUUUUGAAAACCAAUGAGGGUUCCUCCGUCUCCACAUACAAGGACGUGUUGAAUUUAGCUCAGGACGUAGGAGACCCGAGUCUUGUUUACAAGUUUAUGUCAAUAGCUAAAUCGUCUACAUUGUGGAAUUCAAGAAGAGGUAUUGCUUUUGGCUUGGAAACUAUACUUGUCCAGUCUUCGUUGGACGAAUUGUUGCUGAAAAAUGAAAAUUUGGCGAAGCUGCUUUUACCAAAACUUUACAGGUACCGUUUUGAUCCCUUUAGUAGCGUAUCCCAGUCGAUGGAAGUUAUCUGGAAUGCAUUGGUCAAAGAUGCCAACCAGGUAAUCAAGCGCAAUUUUGACACGUUUUUGAAAGAGCUAUUGAAUGGCAUGGGAAAUAGAGAAUGGAGAACACGUCAAGCUAGUGCGACUGCUAUGAGCGAUCUUUUGCAAGUUGUUGAAUACCAAAAGUAUGAGGCCAAAUUGGAUGAUAUCUGGAGUAUGAGUUUUCGUGUAAUGGAUGACGUCAAGGAGAGUGUUCGAAAGGAAGGAUCAAAGCUAACAAAGUCACUUGCCACAAAUUUGAUUCGAAGAUUAGAGAAACAACAAAGAAAAGUAGAAAGUGGAAGUGGAAGUGGAAAUGGAAAUGGAAAUGGAACUCAAAGUGUUCAAGAAGACUCUGUUUUGUUGGGGAACUUGCUAGAGUUUUUACUAGGUAACAAGGGUCUUAAUUCGGACUCUGAAAGUAUUAGGGAAUUCUCCAUCAACACUUUGCUCAAGCUUUGUAAGACCAAGAGCAAAAUGUUGAAGCCCUAUAUACCUUUGCUAAUUGAAAAUUUCAUUUUAUUGUUUUCAACCUUGGAGCCAGAGAUUGUCAACUACUUGGCUCUUAAUGCUGGGAAGUAUAAUAUUGAUAAUAAUGAGUUUGACACAAAGAGAUUAAAAAGCGUUGGGAAUUCUCUGUUGAUGGAUGCCAUUGAUUUUUUACUAACUCAGUUGGAUGAAGCAACGAUGCCAAGUUUUUUACCAAAGUUGAGUCACGCCGUGAAAUAUAGCGUGGGGUUGCCUUCAAAAGUAAGCGGGUCCAAGGUGCUUAUUUUAUUGGUCACGAGUUAUGGGGAGCUUGUAAAACCAUAUGGUCAGAAAUUAUUGGAAAUAGCUUUGAGUCAGAUUAAAGAUCGGAAUGAGACAGUGGUAACAUGCUAUGCUGCUGCUGCUGGAUAUGUUUGUCGAAUAGCUCCCGUAGACUCAAUAAUCAGUUAUUCUGAUAAGAUUACAAGGAUGUAUUUCCAACCCAAAGAAAUUGGUGAUGAAAGAUCAAGAUAUGUAGCCUCAAUUGCCAGCGAGUGUGUGUCCAAAUAUGCCGGUGAUCGCUUUAGUGUGGUUGCGUCUGCUUUUUUGCCCUUGGCGUUUAUUGGUAAAUUUGAUAGUAACAAACGCAUUGGGUCGAAUUUCGAUAAAGUAUGGACCGAGCAUGCAAGUGGAGCCUCGGCGAUUAAAUUAUAUUCGUCUGAAAUUUUAAUGUUUGAACGAGAUUAUUUGAAAAGUAAUGAGUUUAUAAUCAGAGUUAGUUUGGCUAAAGCUUUAUCAAGCUUUUGUGCAGGGUAUCAGGACAUUAAUCACUUUUCUGAGAAGAGUAUUGAAAGCGUUUUGAACUUGCUAGUUGAUGCGAAUAAGGGCAAGUCCUGGGACGGGAAAGAGUUUUUAUUUCAGGCUUUGGUGGAUUUCUCAGUUUUGUCAAAACCUUGCUUGAUGUCGCUUGAAAAUGUUUUUAAGGCCGUUGAAGAUACAGUUAUUACGGAGAUCAAAAGGAGAAACAAGAAGUAUCAACGAUUAGCGAUCAAGGGUGCUGGAACAUUCAUACAAGCUAUUCAGAGCGAGAGGGUAAUUGAUGUAUACAUGCAUGUAUUUGAAGAGAUUUUUCACCGUGCAAUAAAAAAGAGAGAUGAUGUUGACGACGACGACGACAGUGAUGAAGAAAUGGUCGACACCGAGGACAACAAAAAAUCAACAAAUACAAAUACAUUUGCUGAGGAGAGACGAAUUGAGUUGUUGCAAGAUUUGGGAACUGCUGCAGCCGUGGGUGAAGAAAAGAAUUAUAGAUUGUUGCGAUUUCUUUUAAUGCAAAUGAAGCAGUUGUUUGACCCUGAGUUGUUCCCUAGUUGGAGAACAAAGUUGAAAACUUCUGAGUUGUUGAGACGUGCUGUAAAGGAAUUACGGGAAUUACCACCCGAAAUAGAAGGUGAGUUAAUUCAAAUGUGGUGCUUUUUAGCUGACCAUUCUUUGAAAGUUGAAGAGUUAGAGGCUGUUAAGAUAGAGUUCAUCAGGUUAUCUAAAGAAUUGCAUGGUUUAAUAAAGUUGGAGAACUCAAAAGCCUUGAUUUGUGAACGAUUGUCCAAAUACAAGGCCAAGGAAGAGUCAAAUAUAAUUAAAGUCGAAAUAGAGAGAACAAGCUUGUUUAACUAA